CGGCAUACUGUUGACAUUUUUAUUUCAUUGCCAUAUCAAUAAUUAUCGAUAUCAGGAGGAUUUCAGCAUUUAUUCCAUCAUUUUAUCAAGUCAUUCUGCUUGUGUAACAUCUCAGAAGCUCUUCCAUCAUGUCCACUAAAGCAGUUUGCGUUUUAAAAGGCGAAGUCGUCAACGGAACUCUGUUUUUCUGCCAGGAUUCUAAAGGGCCUGUCAAGGUUACCGGUGAGGUAAACGGGCUAUCUAAAGGGCUUCACGGCUUCCACGUUCACGAGUUCGGCGACAACACCAACGGAUGCAUUUCUGCUGGUGCACAUUUUAACCCUCUGAACAAAGAACAUGGGGGCCCCAAACACGAAAUUAGGCAUGUUGGUGAUUUAGGAAACAUCGAAGCUGGAGCUGACGGAGUUGCCAAAGUCAGCAUUACGGAUAGCAUGAUCUCCUUACAAGGAGACCACAGCAUCAUUGGUCGUACUCUUGUGGUGCAUGCAGAUCCUGAUGACUUGGGAGACGGUGGUCAUGAACUCAGCAAAACCACUGGAAAUGCCGGAGCCCGAGUUGCCUGCGGUGUUAUUGGUAUUGCCAAGAUGUAAAGAGUAUUUUUUGAGGUUUUUGUGAAAAUGGUUAUGUUUAUUAUUUCUAAAAUUUGUGUUUCUAUUGAUGAGAUGAAUAUAAAUAAAGAUGUUAGGAU